GCUCCUGCUCCUCUUCUUCCUCGUGGUGGGCGAUGGUGCCGGGGGGCAACGGGAGCUGCGCGGAGGGUCGCCUCCCCCGCGAGGCGCGCCACUCCCUGGCCGCCGUCCUGCUCCUCACCACCGUGGGCGACCUGCUGGGCAACGCGCUGGUCAUCCUCUCCGUCCUCCGCAACCCCAAGCUGCGCAACGCCGGCAAUAUCUUUGUGGUCAGCCUGUCGGUGGCCGACCUCGUGGUGGCGAUCUACCCCUACCCUCUGAUCCUGAGCGCCAUUUUCCACGACAGAUGGACGAUGGGCCCUGUUCACUGCCAGAUCAGCGGCUUCCUCAUGGGCUUGAGCGUCAUUGGCUCCAUUUUCAACAUCACCGCCAUCGCCAUCAACCGGUACUGUUACAUUUGCCACAGCCUCCGCUACGACCGGCUCUUUAACCUGAAGAACACCUACCUGUACCUCUGCUUGACAUGGCUGCUCACCUUGGUGGCCAUCCUGCCCAACUUCUUUGUGGGUUCCUUGCAGUACGACCACCGGAUCUAUUCCUGCACCUUUGCGCAGACGGUGAGCAUGUCCUACACCAUCACCGUGGUGGUGGUCCACUUCAUCCUGCCGCUGUCCAUCGUGACUUUCUGCUAUCUUCGGAUCUGGAUUCUGGUCAUCCAGGUCAAGCACCGGGCGCGGCACGAGUGCAAGCACAAAGUGCGGGCGGCCGACCUCCGGAACUUCUUGACGAUGUUUGUGGUGUUUGUCCUUUUCGCCGUCUGCUGGGGGCCCUUGAACUUCAUCGGCUUGGCCGUCUCCAUCAACCCGUCCAAGAUCGUGCCGCAGAUCCCGGAAUGGCUUUUCGUGGUGAGCUACUUCAUGGCGUACUUCAACAGCUGCCUCAACGCCGUCAUCUACGGCCUGCUCAACCAGAAUUUCCGGAAGGAGUACAAAAGGAUUCUUGUGUCGCUCUGGACGCCCCGCUUGCUCUUCGUGGACGCCUCGAAAGGCGGGACGGAAGGCAUCAAAAGCAAGCCGUCCCCAGUUGUGACAAACAACAACAACAACCAGGCCGAAGUCUAUUUGUAAAUGGAAACUGUUCUGCAACAACCAGACUGUGAAAAAUAUAUACUCUGUCAGGCACUUUCUGUGUAUAUAUAUUUGAAUGUAUGCUCUCUAAUGAUGUUCAUGCAACAGUUUCCCCGGACACAAUGUUUUAUUCUCUCUCUCUAAAGACUUGUUGCUUGGGCGGUGAUGAAAAUGUCACAAUUUGGAAAUGCAACUCUCAUUCUCUCUGUCUCUCUAUAGGUUGUUGUAGGUUUUUCGGGCCAUGUUCUAGAAGCAUUCUCUCCUGACGUUUCACCUACAUCUAUGGCAGGCAUCCUCAGAGGUUGUGAGGGUUGUGAGGUCUAUUGUCGAAGGCUUUCAUGGCCGGAUUCACUGGGUUGUUGUAGGUUUUUUUGGGCUAUAUGGCCAUGGUCUAGAGCCAUGAUGGCGAACCUAUGACACGUGUGUCAGCAGUGACACGCGUAGCCAUUUUCGAUGACACACAGCCGCAUGUGGCCGCAUACAGAGAAGAUGGGGCCGCAUCCCAAGAAGGACAUUUCAUCCUCGGCUCCUACACCAGCAUUUUUCUAUAAUGCCGAGAUAUAUGGCAUUAUAGAAAAAGCAGGUAAGUUAAAUAAUUAGUUUUUGGUUCAUUAAAUACAGUUAUAUAAUACAAUAAUAUAUUUUUGUUAUUAAACUAUAAAUAUCAUGAAAUUAUGGGUUUUUUCUCGAAGUGACACCCCACUCGAGUUAUGCUCGGUUUUUUGGCGAGUAUUGACACACUAAGCUCAAAAGGUUGCCCAUCAUU